UUUUUUAUCUUGACAUCUGUAGCGUACAUAGGUACAAUGAACUGGAAAAGCACAUCAUGUCACUGGGCGGGUCUGUAGAGCGAUUCCUCAGUAAAAAUGUGACUUGUCUUGUCACAGACCGACCAUCGGACAUGCGUAGAACAUCACCUCGAUUGGAGGAAGAUACGACCCAUUUCAUGUCUCGUGGUCGAGCCAUACUUCAGAAGGCCACUCCCCUUGCUGUAAGUUGUAGUGACGUAGUAAGGAAUGCCCAAAUAUGGAACAUUGCGAUAAAAUCGUAUGACGACUUCGAUAGACUCACAACGCGAAACAGAAGCGAACCGAAAAGAAGGASAAAAGUUCGUAGGCUCAAGGGAGCAUACUUAAAGGUGGAAGACCGUAGCCGUAAAUACAGGCCAUUGGUAAAAGAGAUGGAAGCUUGGCCCCGUCCAAAUCUAAAUGCACCUCCUGGUAGCAGUCCUUUUGAGGAUUCCAAGUUGAGGAGUAAGCCAUUGUCAGCUUUAGCAAAAAGACGGUCCUCGAGCCGAAGCCACUUAGAAAAAUUACACGAUAAGAAAGGUCUUUACGACUACGACUUUUAA